CUCAAGCUCCUCACUCCACACCACCUCAAAAGCAAAACCCUAGUGACUCUGCUCUCCCAAGUCCUCAGCCAGCCGCCCCACCUGUGCUCGCAGAUCUACCAGUUGCUGAACUAGCAGAAAUGGUGCGCGUCAGCGUUUUGAACGACGCUCUGAAGAGCAUGUACAACGCCGAGAAGAGGGGGAAACGACAAGUCAUGAUCAGGCCAUCAUCGAAGGUCAUCAUCAAGUUCCUUUUGGUUAUGCAAAAGCACGGUUAUAUUGGCGAGUUUGAGUAUGUUGAUGACCACAGAGCUGGAAAGAUUGUGGUUGAACUCAAUGGGAGGCUGAACAAGUGUGGUGUUAUCAGUCCUCGAUUCGAUGUCGGUGUUAAGGAGAUCGAAGGCUGGACUGCUAGGCUUCUGCCUUCUAGACAGUUUGGAUACAUUGUGCUGACAACAUCUGCUGGUAUCAUGGAUCAUGAAGAAGCUAGGAGAAAGAAUGUUGGUGGCAAAGUCCUUGGUUUCUUUUAUUGAGCAGAGUCUCAAGCACAUCAUUAGGAUCUUUUGUGAAAUUUUGGUUUUAUUUAAUUUGUUUUGCCAAAAGAAGAGAACCUUUUUUCUUACCAAUGCUGGUUUGAAAAGUUUCUUGUACUAGGAUAUUAGUUCUAUGUUUUGUUUUGUUUUGAUUGACUGUCAUGUUCUUGCAACCGUGAAUGUUAAAGUGACUUGGUAUUGAGCAGAAAUGGUAACUUGGAAAGUUUUGUUCGA